AUGGCGGACAACAUCAAAACAGGAGUCUUCGCUAAAAACGUUCAGAAACGGCUGAACAGGGCCCAGGAAAAGGCAGAAGGCAGUCGAUUACAAAGGGAGCUACGAGGCUAUCUCACUGCAGUGAAAGGGAUGCAGGAAGCCUCCACGAAGCUAACAGAGUCACUACAUGAGGUCUAUGAGCCUGACUGGUAUGGCAGGGAUGACAUUAAAGCUGUAGGACAGAGUUGUGAUUUGCUGUGGGCAGACUUUCACCAAAAACUGGUGGAUCAAGCCUUGUUAACACUGGACACAUACCUCGGCCAGUUUCCUGAUAUAAAGACUCGAAUUGCAAAACGCAGCAGAAAGCUCGUUGACUAUGACUGUGCACGACAUCACUUAGAAUCUUUGCAACAUUCAAAGCGAAGGGACGAUAGUAAGCUCACCAAGGCAGAAGAGGAGUUUCAAAAAGCUCAGAAAGUGUUUGAGGAACUAAAUACUGACCUACAGGAUGAGUUACCAUCAUUGUGGUCAAGCCGAAUUGGUUUCUAUGUCAGCACCUUCAGAAACAUCAGCUGUAUAGAGUCAAAAUUUCACAAGGAGAUUGCAGUGCUGUUUCACAAACUCUAUGAAAUUAUGAGUAAACUCGGAGAGCAGCAUGCUGACAAAGCAUUUAGUAUCCAAGGUGCACCAAGUGACUCGGGCCCAUUGAGAAUUUCCAAGACCCCAACACCACCAGAAGAACCAUCUCCACCCAGUAGCCCAGUGACCAGUCCUAACCAUAGUUUAGCACCUUUAGCAGCAUCACCAGCUCAUACUCCGAAUCGUCUCAAGUCACCAUCUCAGCUCAGAAAAGGCCCUCCAGUUCCACCACCUCCGAAACUCACCCCAACAAAGGAGCUGCACCAGGAAAACAUUAUCAACUUCUUUGAGGACAACUUUGUUCCUGAGAUCAAUGUCACCAGCCCAUCACAGCCAGAACAACCUGGUGCUCAACCAGUGGAAUCACUACUUGACUUGGACUUUGAUCCUUUCAAACCAGACCAGUCCACUCCAAUUACAAGAAGUCAGUCACCGCUUGCUCAGACCCUGCCUUGGGAUCUGUGGGAGGCAAGUGCGGAACUGGUUCAACCUAUGCCCAGUGCUGCUUUUAAUGGAUUCACACAGUUGGAUGUUAACAUCACUGAGGGAGCCACGGAGCUGUCAAAUCAAAGCGUGUUUGAUACAGUGAUCAAUGCAGAAUCCUCUCUUGCUGAAAAGCCCAAGGCCCCAGCAGCAGGUACUGAGCUACCCCAGGAUGCUCUCUCUGCUGUGCCCAGUGUCACUGCUGCAGAGGAGGUUGUGGUUGACUGCAGACUGAUUUCACUCACAGAAAUUAAGGAGCCUGAGGUGCAGAAGCCAGCUGAUAGUGCUGAGACUGAUAGCACUGAGGAGACUAAGGAGCCUGAGAUGCAGGAGCCAGUCAUAAAUGCUGAGAUUGAAAGCACUGAGAAUGUGACACCUGAGGCAGAGACUGAACAAGAUAAGGCAGUUUCUGAAGACUUGGAGCCUUCUCAGGUUUCAGUUCCUUCGGUUGUUGUUGAGCCUGCAUCCAACAAUGAAGGUGAAGAUGAUCCAGGCCAAGCAGAGAAUGAAACUCAGGAUGUGCAAGAAGUGGAGAAGAAUGCGGUUGCAGAUGUGAAAACAUCUCCGACAACCAAUGCACCAAAACAGACUGAAGAAAUGAGUUCAGAGAGCACUGGGAAAGAUGACAGUGCAGAAAAUGCCAGUGCCCCUCAGCAACAGAGUGCAGCUGAGGAUGAGGUUUCUGUCUCACAGAGCAUGCCUCCAGGGUUCAUGUACAAGGUUCAAGCACUCCAUAACUUUGAAGCUGCUAAUGCAGAUGAACUUAGCUUGCAGCGUGGAGACAUUGUGCUGGUGGUUCCAUCUGAGUUAAUAGAAGAUCAGGAUGCUGGAUGGCUCACAGGCAUAAGGGAGUCAGAUUGGUUACAGAAUGGUGCUGCCAAUGCCUUGAAAGGAUUAUUUCCCAAGAACUUCACUCAGCAACUGGAGUAGACUUCAGCCAUUCAGUCUGUCUGUGUGGAAGUUAACAGAAAAGCAGGACUUUGUUCUGCAAACCACAUGGUCUCCCACAACGUAGUUGUGUCCUUAGAAUCUUCAAAGGGUAAUAUCAGAGUUGGAAAGUUAAUCAGGGAGGUCAAAAGCACUUGAUGAACACAAUGAAGAGAGGAAAUGUAUAUUAGAUGAAAUUAGCUGGAAGCAUGGCAUUGACCUCAGUAUAACUAUUUCGAACCAACUACACAAAUUAAUAUGUAUUUGCUUCUCCAAGUGCAACUCCAUGUUUAUUUGUAUUCUCCUGGAGUUAAUGUUGAUUCUUGAAUGAACCCCUUAUCAGUAUAAUGCUAGUGUAAUCCUCCAGAUGACAAAUUUAUGUUUUGCACCAUGCACUAUAUAACUUUGUUGUAAUGCACCAUAGUUCAGUAGUUUGUCAAAUAAUCAAAUAAUCUAUGUAUACUUAUCAAUCUUUAAUAUAUUUACUGCGAACUGUUUUCAUUCCUACACAUAGGGUCGAAGAGCUGUCUUUUCAGUAAUACAGUGUACGUAACCCUACUUUAUGUAUUUCUUCACCCUAUAUUUCACAGCAAUUCCCUUUGGCCGUUUUUGAACAAAUAUUGUUGCUUUAUUGCCAAAACAAAUCUAAAAAACUGUGUUUGUAACGUAUUGUGCAUUAUGAUUGUAAAAUCCAGAAUCAGAAGGAACAAGACUCCUCCACCUAGUGGCCAGAUGAUACUUUUCCACUCUGUUCCAUAUAAACAACACAGGUAUCUGCAGGUCUUUUACAGGUGAAAUAAAACAGUACAUUAGUUAUUCAAAACCACAGCCUCUAUUUAUCCUUGCAGCAACAGAUUGGCAUGUUUUAUUCUGGUUAAGUGAAACAUGCAACAAAAUAAAUUCAACAUUAACAAUAGACGUCGUAACUGUAUCAAUGUGUGGUUCUGUGAUCAUUGUUAUUUAUUUCCCUGCUCGUGCCGGAAUAAAGAAAAAGGAAAGCA